UACAUAUAUUGUCAUCAUGAACUCAUCAUCAUCAUCUGCACAUCAGGACUACAUACUACCAGACACUCCUUCUCCUCAACAAAGCACUUCCUUCCCAUCUUACUGGGCAGCGCGAGCUGCACAGCAGAAGAAGAAGCUUCCAACCACCACUACCACUGCUGCUGCUACACCCGACAGCGACAAGUCACCACUGAAGAGCCGUGGUAUCUUUGUGGAGAGGGACUUGAGCAGUGAGGAAAUAAUCGUACCAGACAGUCCACCAUCAUCCACAUCUCAUCCGGAGUGGGCACCGAGGCGUGUACCGCUCACCAUGAUCUCCAACAAGCAACAACAGCAGCAGCAACAGGGGAAGAGAAAGCUGCACUUUCUGGAUGAGGAGGAUGAGGAGACCAUCUUUGUACCCUCAAAUCACCCCGCUUGAGGGAUGAUGAUGAGGGGAGGAUGAUGAUUUUGUUUCACUCAUCAAUCGGCCAUCACCAAAACCAUGGAUGCCUUUC